AUGAAGAAGGUUCACCAUGUACACCCAAACAUCUUCGCCAUCAUCAGAGUGUUCCAGGAGAUUCAGGCAGCCAACGAGAUCAACAGGAUACAACGAGAUGCAGGAGGAUUCAACAGACCACGCGAGAAACGAUACCGAAACAUCAGCAGCCGACUGACCCAGCUGAAGGAGCGCCUUGAGAACCAGACGAUGGAUCUUAUGGAAAAUCUAAAGGAUGGAAGCUGCAUCAUUGACGGAAUUCCACGAAGAGAAGGAUAUAGAUAUGUGGAUUGUUCUGUUAUCAUGCUGAUGGCAGACGAACAACUUGAAAAUUACAUUCCAGAGUAUGGGGACAGACUUGCAGUCAAAGAUUUUUGCAGGCGCCAUAAUGGAAAUACGUCGAAAGAGCUAAGACACUGUUCUUUCCAAACGAUAAAUCUGUCCGUGGUUCCGGACUCCACCACUCUGACCUCUCAGGACACCACCACUCCGGACACUCCGGACUCCACCACUCCGACCUUUCAGGACACCACCACUCCAGACUUUCCGGACUCAACCACUCCAGACUCUCAGGACACCACCACUCCGGACUCUCAGGACUCCACCAUUCCAAACUCUCAGGACACCACCACUCCGACCUUUCAGAACACCACAACUCCAGACUCUCCGUACUCCACCACUCCGAAAUUUCAGGACACCACCACUUCAGACUCUUCGGACUUCACCACUGCGGCCUUUCAGGACACCACCACUCCAGACUCUCCGGACUCAACCACUCCAGACUCUCAGGACACCACCACUCUGGACUCUCUGGACUCCACCAUUCCAAACUGUCAGGACACCACCACUCCGACCUUUCAGGACACCACCACUCUAGACUCUCCGGACUCCACCACUCCGACCUUUCAGGACUCCACCACUCCGACCUUUCAGGACACCACCACUCCAGACUCUCCGGACUCCACCACUCCGACCAUUCAGGACUCCACCACUCCGACCUUUCAGGACACCACCACUCCAGACUCUCCGUACUCCACCACUUCGACCUUUCAGGACACCACCACUCCAGACUCUUCGGACUCUACCACUCCAGACUCUCAGGAAUCCACCACUCCAGACUCUCCGGACUCCAUCACUUUGACCUUUCAGGACUCCACCACUCCGACCUUUCAGGACACCACCACUCCAGACUCUCCGGACUCCACCACUCCGACCAUUCAGGACUCCACCACUCCGACCUUUCAGGACACCACCACUCCAGACUCUCCGUACUCCACCACUUCGACCUUUCAGGACACCACCACUCCAGACUCUUCGGACUCUACCACUCCAGACUCUCAGGAAUCCACCACUCCAGACUCUCCGGACUCCAUCACUUUGACCUUUCAAGACUCAACCACUCCGACCUUUCAGGACACCACCACUCCAGACUCUCCGGACUGUACCACUCCGGACUCUCCGGACUCCACCACUUCGACCUUUCAGGACACCACCACUCCAGACUCUCUGGACUCUACCACUCCGGCCUUUCAGGACACCGCCACUCCACACUCUCCGGACACCACCACUCUCCGGAGACACCACCACUCCAGACUCUUCGGACUCUACCACUCCCGACUCUCAGGAAUCCACCACUCCAGACUCUCCGGCCUCCAUCACUUUGACCUUUCAAGACUCAACCACUCCGACCUUUCAGGACACCACCCCUCCAGACUCUUCGGACUCUACCCCUCCAGACUCUCAGGAAUCCACCACUCCAGACUCUCCGGACUCCAUCAUUUUGAUCUUUCAGGACUCCACCACUCCGACCUUCAGGACUCUACUUUCAGGACACCACCCCUCCAGACUCUUCGGACUCUACCCCUCCCCACCACUCCAGACUCUCCGGACUCCACCACUCCGACCUUUCAGGACACCACCACUCCGGACUCUCCGGACUCCACCAUUCCGAACUCUCCAGACACCACCACUCCGACCAUUCAUCACACGACCACACCAGAGUCUACGGACACCACCACUCCGACCUUUCAGGACACCACAACUCCAGACUCUCCGUACUCCACCACUUCGACCUUUCAGGACUCCACCACUCCAGACUCUCAGGAAUCCACCACUCCAGACUCCCCGGACUCCACCACUCCGACCAUUCAGGACUCCACCACUCCGACCUUUCAGGACACCACCGAUUCAGACUCUCCGGACUCUACCACUCCGGCCUUUCAGGACACCACCACUCCAGACUCUCCGGACUCUACCACUCCAGACUCUCAGGAAUCCACCACUCCAGACCCUCCGGACUCCACCACUCCGACCAUUCAGGACUCCACCACUCCGACCUUUCAGGCCUCCACCGAUUCAGACUCUCCGGACUCUACCACUCCGGCCUUUCAGGACACCACCACUCCACACUCUCCGGACACCACCACUCCAGACUCUCCGGACUCCACCACUCCGACCUUUCAGGACACCACCACUCCGGACUCUCCGGACUCCACCAUUCCAAACUCUCAGGACACCACCACUCCAGAGUCUCAGGACACCACCACUCCGGACUCUCCUGACUCCACCACUCCGACCUUUCAGGACUCUUACACUCCGGCCUUUCAGGACACCACCACUCCGGACUCUCCGGACUCCACCAUUCCAAACUAUCAGGACACCAUCACUCCAGACUCUCCGGACACCACCACUCCGGACUAUCCGGACUCCACCAAUCCGAACUCUCCGGACACCACCACUCCGACCAUUCAGGACACCACCACCCCAGACUCUCCGGACUCCACCAUUCCAAACUAUCAGGACACCAUCACUCCCGACUCUCCGGACACCACCACUCCGGACUCUCCGGACUCCACCAAUCCGACCUCUCCGGACACCACCACUCCGACCAUUCUGGACACCACCACACCAGACUCUCCGGACACCCCCACUCCGGACUAUCCGGACUCCACCAAUCCGAACUCUCCGGAUACCACCACUCCGACCAUUCAGGACCCCACCACUCCAGACUCUCAGGACCCCACGACUCCGGACUCUCCGGACUCCACCACUCCGACCUUUCAGGACUCUUACACUCCGGCCUUUCAGGACACAACCACUCCGGCCUCUCCGGACUCCACCAUUCCAAACUAUCAGGACACCAUCACUCCAGACUCUCCGGACACCACCACUCCGGACUCUCCGGACUCCACCAAUCCGAACUCUCCGGACACCAGCACUCCGACCAUUCAGGACACCACCACACCAGACUCUCCGGACACCACCACUCCGACCUUUCAGGACACCACAACUCCAGACUCUCAGUACUCCACCACUUCGACCUAUUCUCAGGACUCCACCACUCCAGACUCUGAGGACAUAACCACUCCAGACUCUCCGGACUCCACCACUCCGGCCUUUCAGGACACCACCACUCCAGACUCUCCGGACUCCAUCACUCCGACCUUUCAGGACACCACCACUCCAGACUUUCCGGACUCUACCACUCCGGCCUUUCAGGACACCACCACUCCAGACUCUCCGGACUCGACCACUCCAGACUCUCAGGACACCACCACUCUGGACUCUCUGGACUCCACCAUUCCAGUUUGUCAGGACACCACCACUCCGACCUUUCAGGACACCACCACUCCAGACUCUCCGUACUCCAUUACUUCGACCUUUCAGGUCACCACCACUCCAGACUACUCGGACUCUACCACUCCAGACUCUCAGGAAUCCAACACUCCAGACUCCUCGGACUCUACCACUCCGACCUUUCAGGACACCACCACUCCAGACUUUCCGGACUCUACCACUCCGGCCUUUCAGGACACCACCACUCCACACUCUCCGGACACCACCACUCCGGACUCUCCGGACUCCACCACUCCGACCUUUCAGGACACCACCACUGCAGACUCUCCGGACUCAACCACUCCAGACUCUCAGGACACCACCACUCUGGACUUUCUGGACUCCACCAUUCCAAACUGUCAGGACACCACCACUCCGACCUUUCAGAACACCACCACUCUAGACUCUCCGGACUCCACCACUCCGACCAUUCAGGACUCCACCACUCCGACCUUUCAGGACACCACCACUCCACACUCUCCGGACACCACCACUCCGGACUCUCCGGACUCCACCACUCCGAACUAUCAGGACACCAUCACUCCAGACUCUCCGGACCCCACCACUCCGGACUCUCCGGACUCCACCAUUCCGAAAUCUCCGGACACCACCACUCUGACCAUUCAGGACACCACCACACCAGACUCUCCGGAUACCACCACUCCGACCUUUCAUGAUGCCACAACUCCAGACUCUCCGUACUCCACCACUCCGACCUUUCAGGACACCACCACUGACACCACCACUCCGGACUCUCCGGACUCCACCACUCCGAACUAUCAGGACACCAUCACUCCAGACUCUCCGGACGCCACCACUCCGGACUCUCCGGACUCCACCAUUCCGAACUAUCAGGACACCAUCACUCCAGACUCUCCGGACACCACCACUCCGGACUCUCCGGACUCAACCAUUCCAAACUCUCGGGACACCACCACUCCAGACUCUCAGGACCCCACCACUCCGGACUCUCCGGACUCCACCACACCGACCUUUCAGGACUCUACCACUCCGGCCUUUCAGGACACCACCACUCCAGACUCUCCGGACUCCACCACUCCAGACUCUCAGGAAUCAACCACUCCAGACUCUCCGGACUCCACCACUCCGACCAUUCAGGACACCACCACUCCGACCUUUCAGGACACCACCACUCCACACUCUCCGGACACCACCACUCCGGACUCUCCGGACUCCACCAUUCCAAACUUUCAGGACACCACCACUCCACACUCUCCGGACACCACCACUCCGGACGCUCCGGACUCCACCAUUCCAAACUCUCAGGACACCACCACUCCGGACUCUCCGGACUCCACCAUUCCAAACUCUCAGGACACCACCACUCCACACUCUCCGGACACCACCACUCCGGACUCUCCGGACUCCACCAUUCCAACCUCUCAGGACACCACCACUCCGGACUCUCCGGACUCCACCAUUCCAACCUCUCAGGACACCACCACUCCAGACUCUCAGGACACCACCACUCCAGACUCUCCGGACACCAUCACUCCUGACUCUCCGGACUCCACCAUUCCGAAUUCUCCGGACACCACCACUCCGACCAUUCAGGACACCACCACACCAGACUUUCUGGACAACACCACUCCGACCUUUCAGGACACCACAACUCCAGACUCUCCACUCCCCGGACUCCACCACUCCACAUUCUCCGGACACCACACUCCGGACUCUCCGGACUCAACCAUUUCGAACUCUCAGGACACCACCACUCCAGACUCUCAGGACUCCACCACUCCGACCACUCAGGACUCUAACACUCCGGACUCUCCGGACUCCACCACUCCGACCUUUCAGGACACCGACACUCCAGACUCUCCGGACUCAACCACUCCAGACUCUCAGGACACCACCACUCCGGACUCUCCGGACUCCACCAUUCCAAACUCUCAGGACACCACCACUCCACACUCUCCGGACACCACCACUCCGACCUUUCAGGACACCACCACUCCAGACUCUCCGUACUCCAUUACUUCGACCUUUAAGGUCACCACCACUCCAGACUCCUCGGACUCUACCACUCCAGACUCUCAGGAAUCCACCAUUCUAGACUCCUCGGACUCUACCACUCCAGACUCUCAGGAAUCCACCACUCCAGACUCUCCGGACACCACCACUCCGACCUUUCAGGACACCCCCCCUCCAGACUCUCAGGACUCCCCCACUCCAGACUCUGAGGACACAGCCACUCCGGAGUCUCCGGACUCCACCAUUCCGAACUAUCAGGACACCAUCACUCCAGACUCUCCGGACCCCACCACCCCGGACUCUCCGGACUCCACCAUGCCGAACUCUCUGGACACCACCACUCCGACCAUUCAGGACCCCCCCCCACCAGACGCUCCGGACACCACCACUUCGACCUUUCAGGACACCAUCACUCCAGACUCUCCGGACUCUACCCCUCCGGCCUUUCAGGACACCACCACUCCACACCCUCCGGACACCACCACUCCGGGCUCUCCGGACUCCACCAUUCCGAACUCUCUGGACACCACCACUCCGGCCAUUCAGGACACCACCACACCAGACUCUCCGGACACCACCGCUUCGACCUUUCAGGACACCACCAGCCCAGACUCUCCGGACUCCACCACUCCAGACUCUCAGGAAUCCACCGCUCCAGACUCUCCGGACUCCAUUACUUCGACCUUUAAGGUCACCCCCACUCCAGCCACCUCGGACUCUGCCACUCCAGACUCUCAGGAAUCCGCCAUUCUAGACUCCUCGGACUCAACCACUCCAGACUCUCAGGAAUCCGCCAUUCUAGACUCCUCGGACUCAACCACUCCAGACUCUCAGGACCCCACCCCUCUGGACUCUCUGGACCCCACCAUUCCGGACUCUCCGGCCUCCACCAUUCCAAACUAUCAGGACACCAACACUCCAGACUCUCCGCACUCUACCACUCCGGCCUUUCAGGACACCACCACUCCAUACUCUCUGGACACCACCAUUCCGGACUCUCCGGACUCCACCAUUCCAAACUAUCAGGACACCAUCACUCCAGACUCUCAGGACUCCACCACUCCAGACUCUGAGGACACAACCACUCCGGAGUCUCCGGACUCCACCACUUCGGACACCACCACUCCACACUCUCCGGACACCACCACUCCGGACUCUCCGGACUCCACCAUUCCGAACUCUCCGGACACCACCACUCCGACCAUUCAGGACACCACCACACCAGACUCUACGGACACCACCACUCCGACCUUUCAGGACACCACAACUCCAGACUCUCCGUACUCCACCACUUCGACCUUUCAGGACACCACCAGUCCAGACUCUCCGGACUCCACCACUCCAGACUCUCAGGAAUCCACCACUCCAGACUCUCCGGACUCCACCACUCCGACCAUUCAGGACUCCACCACUCCGACCUUUCAGGACACCACCACUCCAGACUCUCCGGACUCUACCACUCCGGCCUUUCAGGACACCACCACUCCACACUCUCCGGACACCACCACUCCGGAAUCUCCGGACUCCACCAUUCCAAACUAUCAGGACACCAUCACUCCAGACUCUUCGGACACCACCACUCCGGACUCUCCGGACUCCACCAUUCCGAACUCUCAGGACACCACCACUCCAGACUCUUCGGACACCACCACUCCGGACUCUCCGGACUCAACCAUUCCAAACUAUCAGGACACCAUUACUCCAGACUCUCAGGACUCUACCACUCCAGACUCUGAGGACACAACCACUACCACUCCGGCCUUUCAGGACACCCCCACCCCACACUCUCCGGACACCACCACUCCGGAAUCUCCGGACCCCACCAUUCCAAACUAUCAGGACACCAUUACUCCAGACUCUCAGGACCCCACCACUCCAGACUCUGAGGACACAACCCCUCCGGACUCUCCGGACUCCACCAUUCCAAACUAUCAGGACACCAUUACUCCAGACUCUCAGGACUCCACCACUCCAGACUCUGAGGACACAACCACUCCGGACUCUCCGGACUCCACCACUCCGGCUUUUCAGGACACCACCACUCCACAUUCUCCGGACACCACACUCCGGACUCUCUGGACUCCACCAUUUCGAACUCUCAGGACACCACCACUCCAGACUCUCAGGACUCCACCACUCCGACCACUCAGGACUCUAACACUCCGGACUCUCCGGACUCCACCACUCUGA